AGAUUUUCGUCUUCCUCUACACUGUCUAUAGUGAAAAUUUUACUUUUUCGAUGAAUUUUUCAACGUUUUUAUACACUUUCCAAGAUGUAUUAUGUUAAUUUAUGGAAAUAAUAAAUUGAUUGUUUAUUCCUAGCAUAAUUAUUUUUCCGAACUGGAAAAAUGACGGAUUCAGAACCAACAGACGUAGAAACCGAAGGCGAAGAGGAUAUUCGAAUGCCCGAUGAAUUGUCUAAUGUUCCAUUUCAAGAUCUGGACAAAUACACAGAUAAAUUCAACGUUAAACGUCGGAAAAUUAAAUCGAAGAAGUCCGAAUCACAAUCCCAAUUUCAUCGAGAAAAUAAGAACAGACCAACUGAAGUGUCCUCCAAAAGACCAAAACAACACUUGGCUCCGAUCCCAAAAGCUCGUCCUUCUGAACCAAAACCAAGAGAUCCGAGAUUUGAUCAUCGAACUGGCACAUUUGAUGAGCAGCAUUUUCAAAAAAAUUAUAAAUUUAUAAGUAAGAUCAAGAAGAAAGAACAGAAGAUGUUAUCUCAAAAGUUACAAGAUCCUGAAACUGAUUCCAAUGAUCGUGAAAAAAUUAAAUUACUAUUACAACGUCAAAAAAAUCAAAAUCGAGAAUUGACCAAGAAACGCAAACAAAUGAAAUUAUUGAGCGAGAAACGAGCAUUUGAAAUAUCUCAAUUGAAACAAGGAAAGAAACCGUAUUAUCAGAAGAAAUCUGCUCAAAAACUGCUCGAAUUAGCUGAACAAUUUGAAGAUUUGAAGAGUAAAGGAUCGUUGAAUAAGCAUUUGAAACGUCACCGGAAGAAAAAGAUGAUACAAGAUAAAAUUAAAAUGAAUUCCGCUUUGUAAUACACCUGUUUUGUUUGUAUUUUUAAAUUAAAUUUAGUCGUCAUAA